AUGGGGGACUGCGCCGUGGAGAACGGCCACGCCCACCCGAAGGAAGAGGACGCACCGGAAGUGCCCGUCGAGCCCGCGGAGGGCGCCGCGGAGCCGCAGGUGGUGGCUGGCGGGCAGAAGAAGCAGGGAGGGAUACGCAGGGAGCCGUCGUUCUCGCGGUGGUGCAAGGACCCCUCCGCGGCGCCCAAUGCCCCCGCCGGCGCCGCUUCGCCAGCCUCUGCGCCGAGCGACGAUGAUUCGGAGGAGUUCGAGCUGCCGCUUCUGCCGCCCGCCGCCGCCGCCCACCGCUCGCCGAUGGAUAUCGAGGCAGGAGCGGCGGCGGGAUCUGACAGCGUCCCAGUCUCGCCGUGGCUGAUCGCCAAGAUUAUAUUUCUGAUAGCGAGUUGGUACACGCUGAGCACCUGCUUGACGCUGUAUAACAAGGAGAUGCUUGGGAAGCGCAUGUGGAAGUUCCCUGCCCCGUUCCUGAUGAACACGGUGCAUUUCACCAUGCAGGCUGUUGCGUCGAGGGUGAUCGUGUGGUUCCAGCAACGGGGCAUGGAGGCAGAGCGUUAUACAAUGUCAUGGAAAGAUUACUUUCAGCGAGUUGUUCCAACAGCUUUGGCUACUGCUCUUGAUAUAAAUUUGACCAACAUUUCGUUUGUUUUCAUUACUGUGACAUUCGCUACAAUGUGUAAAUCUGGGGCUCCAAUUUUCAUUCUUCUCUUUGCUUUUUUAUUCAGGCUAGAGAAGCCGAGCUUUAACAUUCUUGGAAUCAUGCUGAUUGUUUCUGUUGGAGUUCUACUGACAGUUGCUAAAGAGACACAAUUUAAUCUUUGGGGAUUUAUAUUUAUUAUGCUUGCUGCUGUCAUGUCUGGUUUCCGCUGGUGCAUGACACAGAUUCUCCUCCAGAAAGAGGAAUAUGGAUUAAAGAACCCCUUCACCUUAAUGAGUUAUGUUACUCCGGUGAUGGCAAUAACAACUGCAAUUAUUUCCAUUGCCAUGGAUCCAUGGCAUGAAGUCAGAGCAAGUCACUUCUUUGAUAGUCCAGAUCACAUAUUAAGAAGCAUCUUAUUGAUGCUUCUAGGUGGUGCUUUGGCAUUCUUCAUGGUUUUGACAGAAUAUGUUCUGGUUUCUGUAACAAGUGCUGUAACAGUGACCAUAGCUGGGAUUGUCAAGGAAGCUGUCACAAUUUUGGUUGCUGUGCUUUUCUUCAAUGAUCCAUUUACCUGGUUAAAGGGAUUUGGACUGGCAACAAUUAUAUUUGGUGUCAGCCUUUUCAAUCUGUACAAGUAUCAUAGGUUCAAGAAAGACCGCCACAGUAAACAUGUUGACCCAAAUUCCCAUUCCUCCAAUGAUGCCUCAAAAUAUGUUAUCAUUGAUGAUGAUAUUGAAGAUCAGGAUGAUACAGGCUGA